AUGUUUGCAGGUCAAGAAGAUUUUUGGACAUCAGAAGAAGAUGAAGGGGAUUACUCUUCUGUAGACUUGAACUCUUUGGAUGAUGAAGAUGAAGAUGCAAAAGACAUUGCUUCGAUGUUAUGUGAGACAGUAUUAAGUGAAGAAGACACUAAACUCACAAUAAAUAUUGAUAGAUGUGAUGAUUUAUCAACAGAUCUACCCAAAGAAGUUCAUGAUAUUGAACCAGAUAUAUGUUUAAAAAAAGAACCCUCUAAAAUGAUUAGGAAGCGAUGGAGCAUUGAGGAUACAAGUGAUACUUCUAAAUUUAUUGAAAUCAUAGGUUAUAAUCCAUAUAUUGACGAUUCUGAUUCUAUUUGUAAUAUCGAUCAGAGUAAUAUUAUACUAAAGUAUCCAUUUAAACUUGAUCAUUUUCAAAAAAGAGCGAUAAUACGCAUUCAUCAAGGAGAUCAUGUACUUAUAGCAGCCCAUACUUCUGCGGGUAAAACCGCAAUAGCAGAAUAUGCUAUUGAGCUAUCUAAUAAAAAUGGUAAAAAGACAAUAUAUACGUCUCCUAUAAAGGCUUUAAGUAGCCAGAAAUAUCGUGAAUUUCAAAAUAGAUUUAGAAAUUACCCAUCUCAUCCUACAAUUACCCAAAGGAAUCGAGUUGGAAUUAUUACAGGUGAUAUUAGUAUGAAUCCAGAUGCACAAUGUGUAAUUAUGACAACUGAGAUACUUAGAACUAUGUUGUACCGUAAUGAUCCAUAUAUUGAUCAAUUGCAGACAGUUAUAUUUGAUGAAGUCCAUUAUAUCAAUGACCUUGAUCGUGGUGUAGUAUGGGAAGAAGUCUUAAUCCUUCUACCCCCUAGAAUACAACUUGUACUUUUGUCAGCUACUAUUCCAAAUUAUCUGGAAUUUGCAAAUUGGCUGGGUAGAAUUAGACAAAAUACAGUUUAUUGUAUUCGAACUCUACAUCGUCCAGUACCUUUAAAACAUUAUUUGUACAUCUAUGAGAAGUGCUUUCUUAUUAUGGAUAAUAAUAACAAAUUCAAUAUUUCAGGAUAUAAGGAAAUGUUAGAUCAUAUAAAAUCUGUUAAACAAAAGGGUAAAAAUAUUACAAGCCGACAGAAUAAGGCUUUAAUUAAAAAGCAAGGAUUACCUAAAGAACAGGAAACAAAGCAUCAAGAAAAUACCUUUCCUCAUAAAAAUCAAGAUGAUGUAAAUUCAUUAUCUUUAUGUAAUAAUGCUACUAAUAAUAAGAAAUUAGAAGAUUCUCAUGAAUUAAAUAAUGAAAUAGAGGGUGAAGUAAUAGAUAAAAUUUCAAUCAUUGAUAAAGAUUCUUCAAACUCAGAUAAAAACUCCAAUAUACUCAUUAAUAAUAGUACUAAUGCUAGUACUUCACUAAAUAUCCAUUCUAUAUCAACUAACUCUUCUUACAGUACAGAAACAAAGUUUAAGACAGAAGUAUAUAGACUGCAAAUUUUUCUUCGUUUACUAGAAAAGAAUGACCAACUUCCUGUUAUUAUUUUUGGAUUUUCACGAAGAAAGGUUGAACAACUUGCAUCUUCAAUACCAAAUUUAGAUUUUAUUGCUAAUCACAAUGAAAAAAGUAAUGUAGUCGUUUUUAUUAAAGAUUCUCUAGAAAAACUUAGGGAUGAAGAUAAGCAAAUUCCUCAAUUACUAAAAUGUAGAGAAUUAGCUUUAAGAGGGGUUGGAAUCCACCAUAGUGGAAUGUUACCAAUAGUUAAAGAGAUGACUGAAAUUUAUUUUCAAGAGGACUUAUUAAAGAAAUAUAGAUUAUUACACUCAUCAGAAUAUACUCAAAUGGCUGGAAGAGCUGGUAGGCGAGGUAUUGACACAUUUGGAAAUGUAUUUAUUUUCAAUUCAUCUUAUGAAACUAUUCCAGAAUGUAUUGAUAUUGUUAAGAUGAUGCUCAAUACAUAUAUACCAGUUCAAAGUCAUUUUCGUCUUACUUACCAAAUGUUAUUGCAGCUAUCAUGUAGACAUAGUGUUACAAUUGAAGAUAUGAUGGUAAAAUCUUUUAAAGAAAUGUUUAGAGCAAUCCAUUUCCCAAUAUUUCAGAAAAACUUAAAAAGAAAACUUAGAGAAAAAGAAGUAAUUGAAAAACAAGUUCAUGAACUUCUUUCAACUUCUUUCAUUAAGGAUAUUCCCUCUGAUAUCCCCAAUUUUAGCAGUGAUCCAACUUUAACUUCUAGUUCAUAUUUGGCAAGUAUUGAACAACUUGUUACAGUAAUUGAGGAUAUGAUCGAAAUAUCUUCAAAACUAUAUCCUAACCUCUUAAAUACUUCAAUAAAUAAAAAUACCGUUUUACAAAAAAUAUUUAAUCCUGGAAGACUUGUAUUACUAGAUAUGUACUCUAUAGCUAAAACUCUACCAUUAUUUUGUAUUAUCCUAGAUUAUAAUGAUGGUAAUUAUAAGAACCAAAACAUAACGCUUGAUAAAACUAAAUGUUCGAUGGAAGGUAUUCAAAAAGGUUCAUUUAGAAUUUUGUUACUUUCAGAGGAAGAAGUAAAGUUCCUAGAUAUUACAAAUACCAAGGAGUAUCAAAAUUCUAAUACUCUUAUAAAUAGUGAAAUAACGGAUACUAAUCACUCUACAUCUAACUUUGCAGGUGAUUCAACUAAAUAUUAUGAUGUAGUUGAGCAAAGUAUCGAGAUGUAUAAAGGUACAGAGAAAAAAAAACAGAUACAAAUUGUAGAAGAGUUAAUUAAUAAUGAUCGUAGAAAUAAGCAAGUUAGCGGUAAAACUUUACCGCUUUGUGAUUCUCAAUACGUGACAUCUAGUAGCAUUAAAGUUAUUCAUAAAGGCAUACUUGAGAGUGAUAUAUUACCUGUCAAUCCAUUAAAUUUGUCUAAAGGAAAUGUAGAGACAUGUAAAAACUCGUUUUCAAAUCUAAGGUAUUAUUUAGUACUUGAGAAUGUAGUUGCUGAGCACUUUUUGCUCAUAUUUGAAGAGGAGAUCUCAAAUAUAAACUUUAGAAACAUAAACCUGAAGGAUAUAUCUGUUAUACAUCAGAUUGCAAUUAGUUGUAGAAAUGAAUUAGCCAAAAAAGUACAGGGGGAUAUUGUGGGUAAUACAUUCAAGAAUUCUAGUACUACCAAACCAAGAAAUAGAAAUAAGCAAAUAAAAGUUAACCUUAAUGAAUUUAUUAGAAAUAGUAUUCAGAGUGAGGAUAAGAAAUCUAUAGAUGGUGAAUAUAGUGAUCCCUUCCCUUCAUUAAAUACUAAUAUUCAUGGAAUAUCUAAGAAAAACUCUAAGAGCAAUAUUAUAGAUAAUUCCAAUAUUUCGACAUAUAAUUAUAAUCAGUUAACUACCAACAAUAAUGAACAAAUAAAUAUUAAUAAAUGGCCUAAAUUGUUUAUAUAUUCUAAACAAUUAAAGUAUAUUGAGAUGGAAUUCUAUGAAUUAUUACAUAACCAAUCAUCACUAUACAAUAGUUAUAUAUCUAACAUAUGUCAUGAAUAUCCUAUAUUACAUAAACAUAUUUAUUAUAUACAAAGAUUGAAAAAUAUUGACAGAGAUAUACAAAUAUAUAAGCAUUUCAUGGAUAAUGAAAGUUUAGAUGAUUAUGAAGAGAUGAAAUUAAAAUUAAAUUUACUAAUUGAAAAGGGAUUCCUAGAUACAAAUCACACUAUCACUACAAAAGGACGUAUUGCAACUGAAAUACUAACAUCAGACGAACUAACUCUUGUUGAAAUAUUACUUAGUGGAGUGCUACAUAAACUAGAUACAGCUGAAAUAGCUGCUAUUUUAUCUUGUUUUGUUUUCCCAGAAAAAUUAGAUGAUAAUAACGGCAAAGAUAGACCGUCUUUACCUACAGCUGAAUUAUUAAAUGCUCAUAAUGAAUUAUUUAGUAUUCAUCGUGAAUAUGAAAAUUUUCAUUAUAAAUUUGGAAUCAAUCUAGAUACUGAAAACUAUUGGAGUUUAUGUAAUGAUGGUCUUAUGUUUAUUGCAUAUAAAUGGGCUAAACAAGAAUCUCUAAAAGAUAUUAUGGAUAUUAUUAACUCAAGUGGUAUAAAUUUACAUGAAGGAACAAUAGUGAGAAGUAUACUUCGACUUGAUGAAUUAAUACGCAAACUAUUACAAGCUGUUAAUAUAAUGGGUGAUAAUAUACUUAAAGAUAAGCUUGAACAAGUACAUAACGCUAUUGCCCGUGAUAUUAUAUUUAUGACCUCAUUGUAUUUAUCAAAAUAA